UUUGGUGAAGCAUCAUGCCCAACACCACAACGCCCCUUUGAAGAUGAAUGACUUUCCCAUCACUUUACCUAUUUUCAAUCACAACAUAAUAACGGCUAACAAAUUAAAAACGGUUGUUUUACUUUUUGUCCAUCGAGAAGCUUUGUGUUCGAGCGAAUCAACUCUGGAAGUAGGAUACAUAUCAUCAUAUUGUGCGCAUAGCCUCUCUCCCGCUCAAGAGUUAUCACGUGCGUGAGCUAAUUUCUACAAGCAGCGUUAAGGGUUGCACACAGAUUUAACUUCUUAGCGAGAAUGUUGUGGAAACUCGGUCUGAUUGAGGUCAAAUAUUUAGAUAAUUGGAAUUGUGAUGAAGACAAAAUGCGGGAAGAAGAACUUUUGAGAAAUACCUUCUUCUAUGACCUUUAAUAGCCGGUGGCUUUACUGCUCUUCAUCCAUAUGAGAAGUUUCCCCUGAGCUCGAGACAUCUGCCGCGCACUCUGCGCUGUCCAAAACUCUCUUCCACCGGGAAUAUUACGCGCUUUUGUCAUAGGUUGUUGUAUUACCUCAUUGGAAAAUAUAGGGCGAUUGUUUCGUGGUAGACUUGGGUUGCAUGCAUCAAUGCCAAGAAAUUCCAUAAGGGUAACUUUGCCCAAGGAAAACGUGAGCCAUCUGUGCAGGAUGGAGCCGGCGGCCAAGGAGAGAGGGACGACAGAGAACGGAGGCAGCUCCUCGACGAGGGCGCAGCGCUCCUCCGGCACCAGCCUCAAGAUGUUCCUUGUGGCUCUGUCGUUUGCCUACUUUGCCAAGGCCUUGUCUGGCAGCUACAUGAAGAGCACAAUAACCCAGCUGGAGAGGCGCUUUGACAUCCCCAGUUACCUUACAGGCGUCAUCGACGGGAGCUUUGAGAUUGGUAACCUGUUGGUGAUAGCAUUCGUGAGUUACUUUGGUGCAAAGCUGCAUCGGCCCAAGAUCAUAGCCAUGGGCUGUGUACUGAUGGCCAUGGGAACAUUCAUCAUCGCUCUGCCACACUUCCUCAUCGGACGCUAUAAGUUCGAAACAUCAAUCCGAUCGUCAGUGAAUUCAACCAAUAACCUCUCUCCAUGUCCAGCGCGUCUGUUGUCACCCGCCGCGCUAGCUUCGGGUGACCCGCUUUCUAAGACGCCAAGCACAGGGACAGUAGGUUGUGAAGGAGAGUCCAACCUCUCCAUGUGGAUCUAUGUGUUCCUGGGGAAUGUCUUACGAGGGAUCGGGGAGACGCCAGUGCAGCCCCUUGGGAUCUCGUAUAUAGAUGAUUUCGCCAGGGAGGAAAAUGCUGCAUUCUACAUUGGCUGCGUUCAGACCAUAGCUGUCAUUGGUCCUGUGUUUGGCUAUUUACUGGGAUCCCUGUGUGCCAAAAUAUAUGUGGACAUUGGAUUUGUCAACAUGGAGAGUAUCACCAUAAGCCCUGGUGAUGCUCGCUGGGUGGGGGCCUGGUGGUUAGGUUACCUUGUAGCUGGGGUGAUCACCCUGCUUUCAGCCAUCCCCUUCUGGUUCCUGCCCCGUUCCCUGCCCAUCCCGUCAGACCGAGGCCCAGCCCAGUGCACCCCGGAGCAGACUAGCUUCAUCAAAGACUCCCCUCUCCUGGAGCAUAAGUACCAAGCCGACGAGCCAGCCAGCUUUCUGGAGAUGGCCAAAGAUUUCAUACCAACGUUGAAAACCCUCCUGGGGAACCCAGUGUACUUCAUCUACCUGUGUGUAACCAUCAUUCAGCUGAACUCUCUCAUCGGCAUGGUAACCUACAAGCCCAAGUACAUAGAGCAGCAUUACGGACAGUCCGCAUCAAAAGCCAAUUUCCUGAUGGGUACAAUCAACAUCCCUGCCGUGGCGUUGGGAAUUUUCACUGGCGGCCUGCUCAUGAAGAGGCUGAAGCUGAGCAUCAUGGGAGCGGCCAAGUUUGCGUUCGGCACCUCUCUGAUAGGCUACUUCCUAUCCCUCUUCUUCUUCGUCAUGAGCUGCGAGAACGCCAAAGUGGCUGGGAUCACACUGCCCUACAACCGGGUGGUUGGUGUAUCGUAUGAGGAGCGCUCAGUAUUCUCAGCCUGUAACUCAGACUGUGUGUGUUCAGACAGAGACUGGGACCCUGUCUGUGGAGAGAACGGCAUCACGUACGUCUCUCCCUGCCUGGCUGGCUGCCAGACCUCCACAGGAUCAGGGAAGAACACGGUGUUCUCUAACUGUAGCUGUGCGGUGGCAGCAGGGCUGAGCAGUGGUAACCUGACAGCCAGUGUAGGUCACUGUCCUCACAGAGACGACUGUGACCGUGUCUUCCCUUACUUCCUGGCUCUCUCCGUCAUCACUUCCUUUAUCAUCUCUCUGGGUGGCACGCCAGGCUACAUGGUCCUCAUCAGGUGUAUCAAGCCUCAACUGAAGUCCUUGGCUCUGGGGUUCCAUACUCUGUCCACACGUACACUUGCGGGCAUCCCAGCGCCCAUCUACUUUGGGGCGAUCAUCGACACCACGUGUCUGAAGUGGGGCCAGAAGAGAUGCGGAGGGAGAGGAGCCUGUCGGAUAUACAACACUACAGCAUACAGGAUAGCUUACCUGGGUCUAACUAUGGGCCUGAGGACAGUUUCCUUCCUGCUGUGUAUACUGGGAUUCGUGCUGCUCAAACGACACCUGCGGAGAGAGGAACGCAGUGCCCACCAAGUGGCCAACGGAGGAGCAGAACUGGAGGUACUCAGGAAAGAGGAAGUCCUAGCCUCCAACUCGGACCAAUCGCUACGGACUUCCACAACAGACUACAACAACACAGAGAGAGAGACACGGCUGUGACAGUCUGAGACAAUCUCCCCUGAUCUCUCAUGUUACACACACACACGCGAGAUGUGCAGGAACCAACAACACUCUGCACCAGACCAUCUCAUAGAACAUACAUUAUAUAUUUGUACUGAACCUGUCUAGGUUAUGUAUAUUUAAAAACAAACAAAAAACAUGUUUUGAUAUAACUGACGUAUUUCAUGGCUGUACCUGCUGUAUUUGACAAAAACACAAAUGUAACAACAAAGAAUGUCAUCUUUGUUUUUUUUUACAAAGAAAGUAUUUGAUUGGAUUUGUUAACCAUUGGUUAAUUGUUUUUACUGCAGCGAGAGUCCAGUUUCGGUCACUGAGUAUUUUUGCCACAACUCCCAAGGUCGUCUACAUUAUAAUAUUGUUAGACAGCCUCAAUCUGUUGAAAGAGAAUGUCAGACACUCUGUGUUUCUCUACUGUAAACAUUGCCAAAAUAUGAUCUCAAUAGCCCUGUUUAUACCUGGUUCGAACAUGCAUCCUUCAUCCUGAUCUUGUCCGUUUACACUUAAUCACAGCAAAUUGGUCAGUGUUACCUAGUGUUGAUAUUUCAGUUUAACAUUUGUAGCGCUGCAAGUGUUAAAUUAACACUCAGUGGUGUAAAAGAACCCCACUGUUGGUGUUAAUAACAAGGGUUAAACCAAAACCACACCCAUCAUUAUAUUUCCCAGAAUGCUCGAUUGCAGGUAGAUUUUAAAAAAUGGUUUAUUUUAAUAUCUAUGUUUUUGCAUGUACAUUGAUUAAUUAAUUUAUCUUAUGCUACUCAAAUAUAAAUAACAUGCAAUUUUCUAAACUAAUCCAAUAUGUUACUUGGACUUAUUGCACCCAGCACCGAAAUAGUUGUUCCAGUUUAGAUGCUUUAGGUAGUCUCAUCUCUUAUUCUUCCCAACCCGCCAAUCAUUCUGAAUGCAGGUUGCUGGCGAAUGCCAGGUUGCGCCAAACGUAGGCUAACCCCACUCUGUCUGGAUUCUACUAGGAAUUACACAUCACUUUGCCACCCAGCAUAAUGUGACCUGCACACCUGAUUAUAUCAAGAUGGCGCCGAAGAACAUGGCUGACGUUUUACAAGCGAAGAUGGCACUAAGACCGCUCUCAACCAACUCUAUA